AUGUCAAGGGCAAGUUUUGUGUCGAUUUUGAACAACGAUGACAACCCGGCAUUCGCGGUUCGAUCGGCUUACGGGGUACCCAAACAUUAUCCCACCUCUUCACAUCACUAUUCAUUGGAACCUCCAGCAAGAGCCACGCCAGACUAUCACUAUGGCCGCACAUACUCCGACUCCCCGUCACCGAGGGUAAUGCGGCAACCCUUUGAUCCUGUCACAGAGGCCACCCGGGCGACAUCACCAGGUUCUUCAGAUUGUUCUUCUUACGAUUAUGCUGCCAGCUCUGCAAGCUCAUACCAGGCACACUAUCCUAGCCGUCAUGAUUCUUACGCUUAUCAACAACGCCCGGAAAAGCGUCUCAGCGGCAACUCCUUGGUGGAACCACCGUCUCCUCAAACAUCGAUUGCCAGCACCUCGAAAGAGUCUGUUGCACCAAAACCAGCUCGCAAAAACAAGUACCCUUGUCCAUUCGCCGCCAGUCACGCCUGUACUGCUACCUUCACAACGUCAGGUCAUGCAGCACGACACGGCAAAAAGCAUACGGGAGAGAAGAGCGUGCACUGCCCGAUUUGCAACAAGGCGUUUACCCGAAAAGAUAACAUGAAGCAACAUAUCCGGACGCAUCGAACACAUUCCGAAGACAUGUCUUCCAACCCCUCGCAACGAAGUCCGGAAAUGAGCCGGGAAUGGACGACGACCAGGAGAAACAAUCCUUUAUACGAUAACUAG